CAUAUAAAAAUAGUAUAUCGGAGUACUAAUUAGCUACUAGAAAUAAAUGCAAUGCGCCCUAAACCUUAUCUAUUAUGGAAACACACGCAAAUUUAACUGUGCCUUCUAAACUGUGAUGAGGGAGUACUAUAAGUUACUCCCCACUAUGACCAGCCUAAAUGUGAAUCAAUUGCAUCUACGCUACUAGCUCUGUACACACCACAUUGAUUGAACCCAAAGAUCGAUGGCUCGAUUGAGAUUUUCGUCCACUCGCCGGUUCAUGGCAAUUCGUCUUGUGCGAUGGCGAAUGAUUCUUCUGAUGCUCGCAGUAGCAGCCGCAGCACUAUGGUGGUCAUCAUCGCGGCCGCGGAUGCAUCCCGUGGUGCUGGUGCCGGGCUACGCCAGCAACGAGCUCGACGCGCGGCUCACCGAGCUCUACCGGCCGGGGUGCGGCGCGCACAAGUCCGGCUGGUUCCGCCUCUUCCUCAACUACACAGCUCUCCACGACGACCCCGCCGGCGUCCGGUGCUUCGCCGACCAGAUGAGCACGGUGUAUGACGCCGCGUCCCCGGCGUCGAGACGCGCGUCCCCUUUUUCGGCUCCACCCAUGGAUUCCGCCACCCAGAUCCAGACCGGAGGAAUUUCUCCUACAUGGACAAGCUGUUGGAGAGGCUCGAGGGGGCCGGGUACCGCGACGGAGCGGCGAUGUUCGGCGCGCCGUACGACUUCCGCUACGCCGUCGCGCCGGCCGGCCAUCCAUCCAGAAUAGGCACCGAGUUCUUCAGGAGCCUCAAGAGCCUGGUGGAGAGGGCGAGCCAGCUCAACGGCGACCGCCCCGCGAUCAUCGUCACCCACAGCUACGGCGGCACACUGGCACACCAGUUCCUGAUCCGGCAGCCCCUGGCGUGGCGCCGGCGGUUCGUGAGGCACUUCAUCCCCAUCGCCGCUCCGUGGGGAGGACUCGUGCUGGGCAUGCAGGCCCUGCGGAAGGAGUACCGGAGCCUGCAGAGCAGCCUGUGGCCGCUGCCCAGCGCGAAGGUGUUCGGAGCCGGGCAGCCACUGGUGAGCACUAAGCACCGAAACUACUCGGCCAGCGACGUGGUGGGCUUCCUCCGCGACAUUGGGUUCGGCGAAGGCGUCGGGCCGUACGAGUCGCGCGUGCUGCCGCUGUUCGAGGAGCUGCCGGUCUGUCCGAGGGUGCCGGUGACAUGCGUCGUGGGGGUCGGGGUGCCGACGCCGGAGAGGAUGGUGUACCCGAGGGAUGAUUUCGAGGGGACGCCCGGCGUGGAUGUUGGAGACGGUGACGGCCUGGUCAACCUGGCGAGCCUAGUGGCGGUGGAGCCGGAGUGGAGGCGUGGUGGUCCUUAUUUUAGGAUGGUCAAGGUGGCCAGCGUGAACCACGCGGCCAUUCUGGUUGACGAUCGUGCGCUUGGGAUUGUCAUCAGAGAAAUUCAACGAGCUAAUUAGU